CGGGCGGGCGGGCUGGCGGCGGAGGUGGUGGGGCUCGUCCCGGGCGCGGACUGCAGCGCGGAGCCGAGUCCAGGAGCCGCAGCCCGGCGGCACGGAGGCAGCGGCUGAUGAGAAAUGGAAACCUGGCUCGAAGUCGUCCUUCCUGUUGUUGACAUCACCUGAAAACUUCGCCGGAGAUUUCCACGGGAGCGCUGCGAGCUUGGGGCUGCUCUGUGAGUAGGGGCCGACUGCGGGUCCCGCUAUCGCAAACCUCGAUAAAGUGCAGCGUGCAUCGUGCCCUGCCCUGCCAAGCAGUGUACCGUACUGUGGUACAAAGACACACUGGUGCUGUCAGCACUGGAAAAGACUGAACUUGCCAUCUCCAUUGAACCUCGCCAGAGGCUGCCCAGCAAGUCACAGCUGUAAAAUGUUCAUCAGAAAAAACUAAACGAUCCUUGAGAGUCCAGAAGAUGGCAUAGGAACAUCACUGCCUUCCAGGGAGCCGGGGUCCUUUCUCGCCUCCUCACAUGCUGCUUGGACUGCUCUGAAGCUUUUGUUUCUGGACCGAAAAAACCCGUGAGCUGCUUGCCCUGCAAACCUUUCUCUCCUAAUUCAUGAGCCAGCAGGAUGUGGUCGCUGUGCUUUCAGAACGGCUUCUCAUAGCUGCGUACAAAGGCCAAGUGGAUAAUGUGGUGCAGCUUAUCAACAAGGGUGCCAAGGUAGCAGUUACCAAGCAUGGUCGGACCCCCCUGCAUCUUGCUGCCCACAAGGGUCAUCUCCAUGUUGUCCAGAUCUUGUUGAAAGCAGGUUGUGACCUGGAUAUUCAGGAUGAUGGGGAUCAGACAGCAUUGCACCGGGCUGCUGUUGUAGGGAACACCGAUGUCAUAGCAUCUCUCAUUCAAGAAGGGUGUGCUUUGGACAGGCAAGACAAGGAUGGGAAUACUGCUCUUCAUGAAGCUUGUUGGCAUGGGUUCAGCCAAUCUGCCAAAGUACUCGUCAAGGCAGGAGCUAAUGUCCUUGCCAAGAACAAGGCAGGUAACACACCUCUGCACCUGGCCUGCCAGAACAGCCAUUCCCAGAGCACUCGUGUCUUACUUCUCGGAGGUUCUCGAGCAGAUCUCAAGAAUAAUGCAGGAGAUACCUGUCUGCAUGUGGCUGCUCGUUACAAUCACUUGCCCAUCGUUAGGGUGCUGCUCAGUGCUUUCUGUUCUGUCCAUGAAAAGAACCAGGCAGGAGACACUGCGCUCCACGUGGCUGCGGCCCUGAACCACAGGAAGGUGGUAAAGCUGUUGCUGGAGGCAGGGGCUGAUACAUCAGUUGUCAACAAUGCAGGUCAGACCCCACUAGAGGUGGCCAGACAGCACAACAACCCUGAGGUUGCACUCCUCCUCACUAAAGCUUCGCAGGUCUCGCGUUUCAACCGUGGAAGAAGCCUGAGGAAGAAGAGGGAGAGGCUGAAGGAGGAAAGGCGAGCUCAGUCAGUACCACGGGACGAAGUGGUGCAGAGCAAGGGCAGUGUCUCAGCUGCUGACGACACACAGAGCAGCGACCAGCCAGUGCAAGGGAAGACUGAGCUGAAGGAUGAGCCUCGGUCAACCUCCCCGGAUCCCAAGGGGAAGAAGAACAAAAAGAAAAAGCCAAAAGAGAAGGCUUCUGCGCUCUCAGACCCCAUUUCCCCAGCUGACCAGCAGACACUCCCUCGGCCCCAGCAGAACGUGCCCAAACGCAGAAGCAGACAUCACUGCUCCUCUCCGCCUGCUCCCCACGAGGUGCGGGCCUACCAGCUGUACACACUGUACCGGGGCAAGGACGGGAAGGUGAUGCAGGCACCGAUAAAUGGAUGUCGUUGUGAGCCCCUGAUAAAUAAACUGGAGAAUCAGCUGGAGGCAACCGUGGAGGAGAUAAAAGCUGAGUUUGGGACUGUACAAGAUAAGAUGAAUAUUAAGCUAGGCCAGAUGGAAAGUAAAACUCAACAUCAACUCCGUGUUUUAGACAAGCUUAUGGCUGAGCGGCUGUCUGCAGAGAGAACAGAGUGCCUUCAUCGCCUGCAGCAGCACACCGAGCUGGAAAAAACAGAGGGAGAAAAGCGGCAGAUUUCCUUGGUUGAUGAGCUGAAGACUUGGUGCAUGCUGAAGAUUCAGAAUCUGGAACUCAAGCUUUCUGGAGAUUCCAGGUCAUCAAGACCAAAAUCAACUCUGUCCACAUGCGAGUCUCUGCCUGAGACACUGGACACUGAGAACAACCCCCACAGUGCCAAGGACUGCAGAGCCACCCAGCCCCUGCUGCCUGCUGAGGGCUCUCACCAGCACUCCUACAUGGCGCUCCCAAACAGUCUCUUGGAAGAUGGGGGAAGAAGCAGAGUCCCAGUGCCAGAGCAGAGCUUUGCACAGCAAUUCUGCGUUCAACAAGAUGGCACCUCAGGUGCAGAGCAACAGUUAACUGUUGCUGGACCAGUACAGUCUUCAGUCCCUGCUCAAGAUGUCAGGCCAAAGGACAAAGCCGUUAGUGCCAGCACAUUCCAUAGGUUCCAGCAGGAGCUGCCCUCCUCUGAACUUUUGGGGUCCAAAUCAAGACAUGUUCGGGUUCAAGCUGCUUUGCAGCCCUUGAGUGAACCUGCAAAGACGGAACCACAGAGCUGCUACUUCCUCAACAAAGGAACUCAGACAAAGAAAUCCAGCAAAAGUGGGCAGUCGAGGCACAAAGCUCUGCACCACACAGGGGUGCCCCAGAACCAGGAGCAGCAGCACUCCACUCUGCCUGUAGGCCAGUCACUGGGCCCCGCGCUCAGAGACACCUCACAGGCACUGGAGAUUACGCAGUACUUCUUUGAGGCUGUUUCCACUCAGAUGGAGAAGUGGUAUGAACGCAAGAUUGAAGAAGCCAGGUGCCAAGCUAAUCAGAAGGCACAGCAGGACAAAGCUGCGCUUAAGGAACAUAUCAAAAGCUUGGAAGAGGAGCUCAGUAAAUUAAGGACUAAGAUGCAGAAAGAAAGCUAGCAUUCACCAAGCAGGCCAAGUCAAGCAGCAGGGACUGGUUUUGGAACCUGCACAGGAAUCUGGAGUAUCGAUACAUAUUGAUACAUAUUCGUAGUGCCUGAUACACCCAAGCAAAAUGCUCUUUUUUGGGGAGGAACAGAAGUAACUUUGGAAACUCCAGAACCAAGGAGACUUCAUACU